AUGAAUAAAGAUGAUAAAAGUUUCAAAUAAGAAAAAAUUGAUAUCUCUGAAUCUCAAGUUGCUCCAUUAGAUAUAAUAUAAAUAAUUCAAUAAAAGUAUGCCAGAAGAGUUAAUUAAUGUAAUGAUUGUAAUAAUAAACAUAAUAUUAGAGAUAAUCAUUAAUGAAAUACCUGAAUCAUCCAAAAAUAUUGAUUCUACAUUAUAAAAAUAAGAUAGUUAAUAAUAACUUAUAUUUUAAAAAGACAUAUAUGCAAGAGGUUAACAUAUAUUUAAAUUUAUUUAGAUUCAUUUAAGAGUGUAGGUUGUAUUUGUAGAAUAUGUGAAUUUUCAGAAUAUAAAGAUAAUCCUCUUAUUCGUGUAUGUAAAUGUAUUAGAUCUUAAAAAUAUGUGCAUGAAUAUUGUUUGAAAAAAUAAAUUAUCAAAAAAUAUAGAAAUAAUCUUCAUUAAGCAAAAUGUGAAAUUUGUUAAGAUACUUAUUAAAUGGAACUAAAAAUUGAAAAAAUAUUUGCUCCUGUAAUAAGAUAUGUUAUUUUUUUAGAAAACAGCAUGGUCUUAAAGCAAGGAUAAAUUACCUUUAUUUUGUUUAUUAGUCUUUUUGAUUGUUAUGAUAGUCGUUGUAAUCUUACUUGGAACUCGAUUGUAUGAACUUUAUUGUAAUUUAGAACAGAGGCUAAUUAAAUUACUGAUAGGAAAAACUUUCUAGAUUCUUAAUCUUUCUUAAUAAUAUUUGUUAUCUUUGCAGUUAUUAUUAUACUAAUAUUAUUAUGGUUAAUUGCAAUGAUUGUCAAAGGGUUGUUAAUAGUAGAAAGAAUUUUAUUUUGGUAAUUAUAAGAAUUCAAACCAGUGAAGAAAUCUAUACUUAAUAAAAAUAUAUUAAUUUCAGAACUCAGAUAAUCAUUUCGAAAAUCUAAAUUAUUUGGUGAAUAAGAAACUAUGUAAAAUAGAACAAAUAAACAUUAAAAUACUUUUAAUAUCUAAAAAAUUAAUCAUAAUUAAGAUGAUUAAUUUAUUGAUGUUGGUGAAAUAUCUACAUAAAGAAAUUAACCUAAAUAAGUUACCAGUAAUGUACUUACUAUUUAAACUGAUCCUCGAUAAACUAAAAGAUCAAGAUUUUCAAUUAUUUGA